AUGGCUCGCUGCCCUCCUCCCUCAGGCGAGGGCACCUCCGGGCACGUGACGCUCUCCGGGAUGCAGCAGGGCAGGAGGGACCCGGGUGGCUCAUCCCUCCGCUCUGGUUAUUCCCAGCCCAAAUCCGCCGUGUGCCGACGAUGCCGGCGGCCGGGGCUCACCCAGAACUCCAUCCAGCACAACAUGGCCUUGAACAAGCGCUUCAUCAGGGUGUCUCGGGAGAAGGGUGAGCCAGGGAAAGGUGGGGUUUGGAAGCUGGAGCCCCAGUAUGCCGACCGGCUCAGGAAUGUUGCCUCCAAAAAGCAGAGAACGACCCCAGUGCAGCUCCACCAGCCUUCGUCAAAAGCCCAGCCAGAAGCACAGUGCAUCGCCAGCCCAGCUGCUUCAGCUCCCGCAUCUAAGAACAUCCUCACUGUCAGCAUGGAGUCACAACAGCUGCUGGAAGAGUUUGAAGAAGUCAUCGGUGACCUGAACUCCAACCCAGCAGGGCACAAGCGCAAGCAGCCCUCGCUCCAGCAAGUUUUUUUAGCGCCUCGGCUGUCCAGCUCUGCCUUGCUGAGCCAGGAUGAGCAGCCUGAGCUGGGGUCACUGGAAGGGGACUUGGCCGGGGAAGGCACCUUUGACACCAGCCACCAUGGGGAAUUCUCCCUUUUUGAGGAUCCGGAGCUCACACCCCCGAACAACCCUGCGACAGGCAACCUGGGCUUGAGAGGAGAGGGGCAGCAUGUGGGCUGUGCCCAGGGACAGGAGCAGGUCCUCACCAAAUCCAACCAGAACCCCCUCGAGUUUGAAACCUUGAUGGCCACUUCCCUGCUGCAGCAUCCCUGGCGUGAAGAGGCAGAAGAUGACCUCACCAACUGGGACAACAUCAGACAGCUGUCUGAGCCCAGCAGUGCCUCUUUGCCAGCGGAUGGGAACAAACGGAGCAGUCUGGCAUCUCUCAUCUAA